AUGAGACGUGCGGAGGCGAAGAACGCCUUGGACGCACAGCUCCAGAAGACCCUGAAGGCAGCGCAGCGGCUGAAAGAGGCCGGCUGCUAUGGCAGUUUGACUAUCGAUGAGCUGUCGGCGGUGAUGCUAUGCGUUGGGCCAAGACCCUCUGCUCCGAUGGCCUUGCUACCACAUGCCCAGGAGGACACCUGGUUUGCAGCCAUGAACCGUUUCUUGGCAUCCAGGCAUCCUGAAGCACGUGAGCCAGGAGCAGGGACGAAAGCGCCCAUAAGUACCGAGCAUCUUUGGGAGGUGUUCCUUGGCGAUGUCAUGGCUGGCCUGACCAGCCUCAGACUGCGACAGAGUCAAGAACUCUCCCAUUGCUACCGGCUGUGUUGGGUACCACAGCAGCUCUGGCAGCGUCUAGAAAGUGCACAGGACGACCAGUUCUUGUGCUUUGAUGCCGUGCAGAGCGUGGCCAACCAAGAGCCUUGGCAGGGCUUGGAGCUGCUGCCUCAAGGCUGUGUACCGUGCCUGCUGGAAUUCGACGCGCACAUCGCCCGCCAAGCGGUGGAUGUUCAUGACUUGGCGGCUGCCAUCGAAGGAUCUGAAAUGCCAACGGAAAGGUCGGCAGAGGCGCACGAGCUGCUUCUGCCGCCCUUUCUGCGCGGCAAACUGGGACAGGUGCGCCGUGCGCCGGCGCCCGCACCGUAUCACAUGGAGGUCUUCCAUUUGGAGAUCCUCGGUUUUCCCGAGACAGAGACCUCUGAAGAGCUUCUACAAGCCCAGCCGGAGGCCAUCCUUGCGGCAUCUCUUCUUUUAAGUUUGCAGAGAUUCAGGGUGGAGGCUCCGAAGCCCACAACACCAAUGGCACAACUGAUGCAGGAGUCUCCAGGACGCACAGAACCACCAGCCUCGGAGACGACUGCAGAAGGAGAGGAAGGUGCUUCUCCUCAGAGUCCACCUGAGGAACCUGAUUUUCCCACGCCAUCGCCCACUCCGGUGGCGUCUCCCCCUACAACACCGCCUUUGGGCCCCAUCUUGGCACCGGGCGAUCAGGAGUCGCACGGCCCCAUGGAGGGCAUGGUCUGGUUGGCCUCCGCCUGCUUCGCGCACUUGGCCGAAGCCGUGGAGGUGAGACACCUGGGGGAGGUACACACAGUCUGGAAGGGCUACCUGGAGUGCGCCUUGGAUGGCACCAACCUCUGGAAGGCGGUAGUUUUAAUCCUCUUGUUGGCGUGGCAAUUGUGGCGCCUGCAGCAUCAAGAGGUGGUAGACCUGGGUGAGAUCCUAGGAUCCCCUGGCAUUGUCCAAUGGCCAUUCGUCGUAGCAGCAACAAUUUUCAUGAUGGAGUUCAUUAUUUGUUUUGCCCUCAUCAUGCUUCUGCGGCUGAUGCUUCACUUUAAAGAUCCCAGCAGUGGUGAAGUUGUCUUCCUGGUUCGCUUACGCGAAGUCUCAGAGAUGUUGGCCUUCAUUGCAUUCUUUGCCGGGGUGUAUUACAUCUACAUGUUGUGUCGCAGUCCUCGCAGCGUCCGUCUCGGCGGUGGCGCCUUUUUUGAAGGCAUCAAGGAGUUGCGUGAACCGUGGCACAUUUUACUUUGGACCUUCCUGUCGCCGCAACAGUGGGUGAUGCAUUCCAGGCUGUACACCAAAGCCUCCUUGUCCCAGAGUUUCGAAUUGAUGCUUUGCACAGCAUACAUCAUGGUCUUUGGAUUAAUCGCCGUGCAGGUGGAUAUGUCUGAGACUGACGCUCUGAUUAGUCCGCAUUGGCAGGUACGAAUUGCCUUCACCCUGUCGACCCUGUGUAUGGCGUCGACCUUCGUGAAGGCUGCCCGGCUGCCGGUCGAGCCGGCCACGGCGGAGAAUUGCGCCUUCUACCUGAAGGUGAAGUAUGUGGUGUGGACAGGAUACCCUGUGGCCUACUGGCUAAGAUCGGCGGGCUUUAUCACCUACUGGCAGGAAGAGGUCCUAUGUUACACGGCCCUAGAUGUAGUGGCCAAGAGCUUAUCUCUCAUCGCAAGCUCAACUGGACCAUUGUUCACCCUUUUUGUUAGCACCUGGGGCCAUUGGCACGUCAGCGGUGGAGCCCACGAUUUCCGUGUGACCGUCGAGGAUCCCAGCUGGGACGUGCAAAGUGUUCUGAUGGAUCGCUGCCCAGAAAAAGGCCAGCAUGCAACGGGCCUUCAAGCUGGAAGCAGUAACUUUUUGCGUGAUGCAGUUCAUGCGGAAGACCGAAGGAAGCUGAUGAUGAUGGCGAAACAGGCCGAUCGUCAGCUGAGUUUCAUGGCCCAGAAGACGCCCUUGACGGUGAUCUUGAAGGACGUGAUGGCGCCAGCGGAGUGCUACGUCUCGCGGAGUUUAUGGGGAAGCCGACAGCUGGCCAUUACUUUGCUCGUUUUCGGUGAAGAGCAUGUCACAAAGUCCAAAGAUGACGAUGAGACGUAUAGCUGGGCGAUGAGCUCUCACGAGGACAGCGAGGCAAGCUGUGCUGAGCAAGAUGAGCAACACACCCUGACCGUGGGCAAGGCGGAGACUGGGGGCGAUGGCAGGACGGCGGUGCUGGGCUCGGCCCGCGCCUCCUUGCGCGUGACGAAGCGGGCGCUGGGCUUCGCCAGUUGCAUGGACCGGGAUGCCAUGGAUGAAGAACUCCAACGGCAGGUACACAUCUUGGAGUCCAAACUGGGUGGUGCUGUGGCUUGCGCUCGGGCAGAGGUGGGCGCUUUGGGGUUGGAGACUCUCUCGGACCCAGAAGCCUUCCUCAGAUUUUUGGCUCAUGACCCCCUUCGCGCACUGAAGGCGGCUCCCAUCAUUCUGCAGGUCUAUGGCCACGUGCCGCCGGCACAGCGCGUCCUGCUCUUUGCCAAGUUGAUGGGCUUGGCGGCCAUGGUCGGCGCCGUUCUCCGUGGAGAUGAACGUGUCCUGCAGGCCUUCGAGGGACCUUUCCCCUUGAACGAGUGGGGGCACUCGGCGGGCUCGGCUUGGAAGGGCUCCACCAGUCGCAUCCCUCUGCCGCGACCCGAUACCUUGAGUCCCAACCAGAGCCCGGAGCACCGAGAUCCCCAUGCGCGGCGAAGAAGCCUGGAUGAAGUUGGGAUUGCUUCGGAGUAUGAAACUCAGUUGGAAGAGAUCUAUGAAGUUUUAAAUGGCGCAGAUGAGCGAGCCAAGCAAAGGAUCUUGGAAGGGAAGUGGGGUUUGACGUUCAUCUACAAGAAGCGACGCUGCAAGGGCAGCGCCAUUCACAUUGCAGCGCUGAACUCGGACUCGGCGUUGCUGGAACGCUUGCUGGAGAUGAGUGCAGACAUCCACGUGGAGUGUACAUAUGUUGCCUUUGAGAAGGAAGGCCGAGCACAACCGAUCCACCUGGCAGUCCAGGGAUGUUUCAUGAAUGUUCAGCUGCUUUUGGAAGCGCGUGCUGACAUCAACGCUCGUGUGAAGUUGGACGGUGAGAGCCACUUCUGCCCAUUGCACGACGCGGUGUAUUUUCGAAACUUGGAGAUGGUGAGCUACUUACUCAUCAACAAUGCCAAUGUCAACGACAUAAAUCUGGAUGGUAUGACCCCACUGCACGUGGCGGCCAAGAUGGGCGCCAACGACAUCUCGGAGCUCCUGGUCCGCCACGGUUGCGACAUCGAGCUGCGCGACAUGAAGCAGCGCACGGCGCUGGAGGUGGCCGUGGAGUCCGGGAUUUUUCCGCCGCGGAGGCUGCACGUCUUGGCGCGCUUUCGGAUUGGCGACAUCUUGAUCGUCUCGGAGCACUGUCCCAGCAACACGGUGGACUUCAUGCGUGCCUUGCUGUGCGACUACGUUGGGGCAGAUCGAGCAGAUCAAGUGGCGUACAAGAGCUAUGUGGCAGACGAGCUGCAGAAAGAAGAGAGUUUGGAUGUUGAGCAUUGGAUUGAGCUUUUGGAGACCACGCCUGAUGCUGCCGAUUAUUUGUUGGAAAUCCUCACAGUUGAACCAGACGAGGACAGCGUCUACCAUCAUCCUUUGCCCAAUCGAGCAGCUAUCAAGGAGCUGCGGGCUGAUUACAACACCGAUGAAAGCUGGAAGUGCGACACGGAGAAAGGGAAUCGCGACCACGCCUGGCCCGAGUGGCACGACCAUUUGGCGCCCAGCGCGAAGAAGUCCAUCUUUCGUAGCAAGAGCAACCGCCAGUUGAAGGGCCGCUCCGGCGCGAACCUCCGCAGCAACGCCCCGGGGCGCGUGGUGCGCGACCAGUUGGCGCACAUCCAGAUGCGGCAACUGAGACUGAAGGGCAUCAUUUCUACUCAAGCUCUGCUUGCCUUGAGCCUCACCAACUAUGUGGAGAUUUUCAAGAACCAAGCGAUCGCUGCUACGCUGCAGUAUUGCUGGACCGCCUUCGUCGGACGAUGGUACAUGUUGCAAGUUACUCAUCGCUUUCUGGAACUCCUAGUUCUAUCAGCCUGGACUUUUUCUAAAUCGCUGGAGAGUAACAAUUAUCAAGUUCCCUUGUGGCAACGACGAUUGACCUGGACCAUCAUGUUGGAAAGCGCCCUGCACGACUUGUUUUACGAGGCCUGUCAGGCCUAUGGCUUCAUGGUCACCAUGCAGAGUCCCGGGGCAUAUUUGGGCAACGUGGCCAACUACGUGGACAUCGCUGCCAUCGUCAGUUUUAACUACCUCGUCUUCACUGCGCUGGUUCAAGGUAACUACCAACUGGACUUUUGGCACGAGUUCUUUGCCGUGUUGGUCUUCCUUCGCUGGCUCCACGUUUUGUAUAAUUUGAGAGCUUUCAAGUUGGGAAUGAUUGGUGUGAAGAGCAUCAUUCCCAUCUUGCAUUCAGUGAAGAAAAUCGGUGGCAUGAUGAUCAUUUGCUUCUUCGUUUUCUGUGGCUUUUGCCAUGCAUUUUUGGUGCUGGACAAUGGCGUAACUGGCGGUCCAUGGGUCGUCCUGAUUGGUUCCAUCAAGCUGCUCUUCACAGUGGAUGGUGACGGCAUCAUCCAGACCUUGAAGUUGGGUGGCCGUGGCGAUGCGGCGGGCAAUGGCGACUACAUCACCGCGGCCUCGCUGCUCAUCGCGGUCAUCGUGUUUUGUAUCUCCUUGCUGAACAUCUUCAUCGCUGUCCACGGCCGUGCUUACGAACAAGCACAUUCUCAUGCCACCAACCUCUUCUUGCAGGAAAGGGCUGACAUCUGCGUCCACUGCAUGGUGCAACCGGUGCUACCUGUGUGUAUGACCCGAGGGAAAUGGGUCAUUUUCUGGCUGAUCCUGUCAUUUCUCUUCGUUGGCUUCUGGCUUCUCUGCAUCCUCAUUGAGGAGACCCCCGGGCUGCUGGCGGCCUUGCUUCUCUUCGCGGGCGUGUCCUUGCUGAAGUGCUGUUUGGUCAUCCGGCCCUGGGAGAGUGAGGAAGUACGCCGGAGGAGUUUUCUCUGGUGGUGUGCCCCCAGCAACAAAGACUACAACACCGCAGACGAGGAUCAAAAGGACAAGAUCAUCCAGGACAUGUCCGAACGGAUGGCACGGGUGGAACAGGCUUUGGUGGAGAUCCGAAGCGCGUUGAAGGAUGGAGGGAACGCACCUUUGGUGAAGGUGCAGUCAACGAUGACCCGAUGGCGCUGA